AUGGCGGCCUCUUUGAAAGGAAAAAAAUGUUUAAUAAUCGGAGGUUGUGGAUUCCUUGGUCGUCAUUUAUGUGAAGGCUUGUUAGAGAAAGGUUGUUCUGUGCAAGUGUUUGAUGUGAGGACAACAUUUGAGGAUUCCAGAGUCAAAUUCUUUGUUGGUGACCUGUGUAAGAAAGAAGAGCUGAAACCUGCCCUAGAUGGUGUUUACUGUGUGUUUCACUGUGCCUCUCCUGCCCCACUCAGCAAUAACAAGACCCUGUUUUACAAGGUCAACUAUCAGGGAACAAAAACCAUUAUAGAAGCCUGUAAAGAAGCAGGAGUCAAGAGGCUGGUUCUGACCAGCUCAGCAAGUGUUGUGUAUGAAGGCAAGGAUAUACGUAAUGGUAGAGAGGAACAGUUGACCUAUGCCAGGAAACCAUUAGACUACUACACGGAGACCAAGAUCCUCCAAGAAAAGGCAGUUCUAGAGGCUAACUCUGAAGACUUCCACACUGUUGCCAUCAGACCUCAUGGUAUAUUUGGUCCUAGGGAUCUUCAGCUGGUUCCUAUAGCUGUUGACCUGGCCAGGAAAGGCAGAUCUAAGUUUAUUGUAGGAGAUGGUAAAAAUGUUGUUGAUUUUACUUAUGUUGGAAAUGUUGUGCAUGGACACAUUUUAGCGGCCGAGCAUCUAAAUCCUGGCUCCCCAGUUUGCGGAAAGGCCUACCAUAUCACCAAUGAUGAGCCCAUCUUCUUCUGGGCCUUCAUGAGCCGCUUGUUGACUGGACUGGGCUAUCCUGCCCCCUAUCGUCAUGUCUGGUACACUGCCUUGUACGGAAUCGCUGUCAUACUGCAGCUUGUGGCCUGGCUGGUCAGCCCGUUUGUCAUAUGGACACCGGCACUGAGCCCCAUGAAAGUGGCUCUGGCAGGCACAGACCAUUUCUACAAUUGUGAGAGAGCCAAGAAAGAUAUGGGCUACAAACCGGUCUAUACAUUGGACCAAGGACUCAAGCUCACACUGGAGAGCUUCCAACAUCUGAGAAAUCCACAGACCAAGGAAGAAGGCAAACAGCAAUAA